AUGCCCUCUCCUGGUCUGUCGUACGAGCAUCUGAUUGAUGUUGAAACUACUGUUGUGUUACCACCCUGGCCACGACGGUACUAUGCAGUCGAUGUCAAUGUGGGUUUUAUUGCCAUGGAGAAUGCAAGGAGGUCUGGUCACAGUGUCAGGCAGGCAUUUGCUAGUGUCUUUGGAGAAGUUCCCUAUUGUGCCCAGACUGUCAGUGACCAUCGUAUCCGCUGGCAGCAGGCAGGGCCUACAGCAAGGGCUGCAUUCAUCAAGGCAGGGCGCACUCCCACUGGCUUAUGGUCUGUGUUCAUGGCAGCCUAUCCUGCCAAGGGCGCUGCAGAGAAGGCAGUGAAGAAGCGUCUUGCUCUUUUUGCCUCUCUUCUCUUCUUCUUGCUUCUCUAUCCUUCUCUUGGUGUUGAUGUUGUUGGUGCUGGUACUGGUGCUGGUGCUUUGAACUCUGCUCUCUUCCCUCCUGCUCCUCCUCCCCCCAACUAUUUUCGCAUUUUUGACCAUUUGGCAAGUCUUUUCUCUGACUCUCACUUCCUCCUGUCUGAUCCUCUCCUUCUAGCUCCCUUCCCUCCUCUUCCCUCAAGAAUUUUCGCAAUUUUCACUAUUUGUUCUCUUGCCUCUUCCUCCUGUAAUUUUCGCAUUUUUGCCUGUUUUGUAGUUAUUAGUUUACAUGUAUUGUAGUAGUUGAAAUAUAAUUUGGAAUUUUCGCUUU